UGGCUUAAAAUUUAAGUUUUGAAAGAUUUCAUAGGUUUAGUUAGUUUAUCCAUACAAUUCAAUCAACACAGUGCAAGAUUAAGAAAGAAAGUAUAUAUAUAGUUAUUAUAUGGUACGUGUAUAAUAAACCAAACUAAGCGGCGAUGAAAAUACGUCUAUAUAUGUUUGAUGUUAUGUAAGUUACAUUUGGUUGGCACUUGGCACAAUGAAAGCGAGUGUCAAAGAAAAAACAAAUAUGAAUCGUCAUUAUGUUGAAAUACAAAUGCUUGACUCAAAGAUUAAAAACGAACAAAAUAAAGAAAAAAAAUCAAAGAUUGAGGCUGACCAUCCAUGUAACAAGUCCAGAAUGUCGCGAUCAAAUCUUCUAAUCUACGUACGUAUAUCUUUUACACUCGACCCUUAUGACGAAAACGAAACAAGUACCUAAAUAAAAGCAAUCAACUAAAAGUUUGACAAACAUAGCUAGUUGAUAAAAAAAUGUAAUAAUUUCAUGUUUACAAUAAAUAAGUCUUAUAUUUCUGCGUAUAUAAUCGCUUGUGUAAAUUAUAUGAGAGAUUAAUAUUAUACUAGCCUAAUUAGGUAAACUAACAAUAACUGAUUUUAGAUAUUAUAUAUACUUUUUGGACAAAUAAAUGAAAGUAUAAUAUAGCUAUCGCCCAUGGAUUUUACUUACAUAUACAGAUGAUGGUUUAGAAAAACCAUUAGAAGUAUCUAUCUCAAGUAAAACAAAAAAAAGUUAUAUUUUUAUUAGGUGGAUAUUUCAAGUGAUGAGAAUUCUAUACAGAAUAUCUUAAAGGCCGACGCAAAUUGAAGAGAUAUUAUUCAUCCAGGGUAAAAAAAUUUACCCUAAACGUAGACAUACCAAGUUCGAAAUCCCAACAUUUAUAAUGAAAAAAAUUAGCAUAAGAAUUUCUUGCAUUCAAAAAAAGAAUUUAUUAAUAUUAAGAAGAAAUAAUGAAGAUGAUAAAUAAAAAGUAAUAAGUGGCAGCCAUGGCACCAAUUGACACGUUGUUAAUUCAGCAUAAGCAAAUGUCAACGCUCCGUCUGUCUAUUUAUAUGAUAACCAAACGUCUUACUCAUUCUCAAACUCAUACAAACUCCAUUCACUCUCAACAUGAAGCUUGUUUGGUCGCCCGAAACCGCCUCUGACGCCUACAUUGACACCGUUAGAUCAUGUAAGAACUACAAAGAAUCAGGAGUGGCGGAGUUCUUAUCAGCUACAGCCGCUGGAUGGAACGCGAGGCUAAUCGUCGAGACAUGGUCACGCGGGGAUCCAGUCGCGACCAGCGUGGGACUAGCGGUUGCUGCAGCUCACACGUCAGGGAGACAUGUGUGCAUAGUACAAGAUGAGCAGUCGAAACAUGAGUACGUAUUAGCCAUGAGAGGAGUGGUUACUACGGAAGCUACGGAGGUCGUGGUGGUCAUAGAAUCUACAGAGAACACUAUGGAGGAGUUUCCCGGCGUGGAGUUCUUGGUGGUGGACUCAAAGCGACGAGAGUUCUUAAGAACGCUGAGGUCUGCGAAAUUAAGCAACAAGGGCGCCGUUUUAGUGUGUAAAAACGCCGCGCAGAGAGCGAUCUCUCGUUUCAAAUGGCAAGAUGUGUUGAAAGGAGAGACACGUGUAGCGAGAUCCGUGUUUUUGCCUGUUGGGAAUGGGUUAGAUAUCGCACACGUGGGAGCUAUCGGUGGUCUCCAACGUGGUGACUCAAGAAAGCAUCCUAGCCGUUGGAUAAGACACGUGGAUCAUCUAUCGGGAGAGGAGCAUUUGUUCAGACGUUAGAAUUGGAAUUUACUCUUUUUUACCCUUUAUGAUGUCUAAUGAUGUAAAUAAACAUCCAAACAACAAAAUUAAUUUCUCAUAAUCAACAUGUCUACACGAUGUAAAAUUAUUG